AACUUUCUGGCAGAGCGGUUGUCUAGUCACUUGCUUACAUUCAUAUACUCUUUACAUAUACAUAUGUACACGCUUACAUACGAUUUUCGUUUCGAAUACACCAGCAAUUCCUGAUAUUAAAACAAACUCAAUGCUUUAAUUAUAUUAGUUUAACAGUCAUGGAUCGUGCUAGCAUUUACUUCUUGGAUGAAGGAGAAUCAAAUACUUACGAUUUUGACGAAACAUUGCCUGCAUUGCCAUUACCAGAGCUACAUGACACACUACAACGCUACUAUGAAUCGUUAAAACCAUUUGGCACAGCUGAGGAACUGAAUAAUUCAGAGCAAAUUAUUAAAGAAUUUGAAACUGGUGUCGGCGCUCAGUUGCAUAAGGAAUUAAAGCAACGUGCUGCGAUGAAAAAAAAUUGGUUAGAUGAAUGGUGGGAGAAAUAUGCUUACCACAUGCUACGACUACCUCUCAAUCCUUACAUAGUUAUGGCGAUGCCUGUAAAACUUGAAAUUAUCAAUAUUCCAGAAACACCACCUUAUAUGCUCAAGAAUUUGGCACGAAUAAUAUUCCAUACUCUUGAGUUUUGGGAUUUGGCUCGUAAAGCCACCAUCAAACCACUUUCCUCCAAUGGGGGCAAAAUUAAGUACUCAUCAGCGUUGUAUAAAAGGUUCUUCUCAACAACACGUGCACCUGGUUUGCAAUAUGAUUACAUAAAAAAUUACUUUAAAAUUGUUAAAGAUGGUGCAACGCCUUCUCAUGCUAUUAUUUCUGGUAAAGGGCGUAUAUUCGUUUUUGAUUGCCUUCAUGCCAGUGGUAGGAUUAUUACUCCACAGGAGAUUUUAGACGUUUUACAGCGCGUUCGGUGUGUCUUAGAUUAUGAACCAAUGGGCGAUUGUGUACCUGUUCUUACCCAUGAUGAUCGCACUACUUGGGCAAACAAUUAUGUACAUCUCCAAGAAAUUUCGGAGAGAAAUAUCGAAAUUUUGAAGACAAUUGAAAGUUCUGCAAUUGUUGUUGCAUUCGACGAAAAUGAACCGCAAAACUACGAAGAGACUUCGCUUUUUUGUGUCAAUGGUGAUUAUCACUCAAAGUGGGGAGAUCGAAGCAGUACUAUUGUUGCCUAUAAAAACGGCCGAUUUGCUUGUGUUGGAGAGCAUUCUGCAUAUGAUGGCACUAUUAGCGUAAGUUAUGCACUUUUUGUGCAACUUAGUAUGUAUGAAAUUUCUGAAAUUAACUGGAACUUGAGGGAAACUGCGUCGGUCGUUACCUUCAAGGAACUUAAGUUCGACAUGGAUGAAAAAUUGCGUGAGGAGAUCAAACGUGCAUUAGUGGACUGUGACCGAAGGAGAAAUGAUAUUAUUAUAACACAUGAUUAUUUCAACGAAUAUGGGAAAGAUGUUAUAAAAAAAUGGAAUUUACAUCCCGACUCCUUCGUUCAAGUUGUUAUGCAAUUAGCAUAUUCAAAACUACAUAACAAGAUUGCUUCGACUUAUGAAACUGCUCUUAUGCGGCACUAUUACAAUGGUCGUACCGAAACCUUGCGUUCCUGCUCCACAGAAGUACUCAAAUUUAUUCAAGUUGCAAGCAAUUCAAUGUCUUCCACUUCAGAAAUUGCCUUCGGCUUUCGGAAUGCUGUUAACCAUCACAAUCGCAUGAUGAAUGAAGCACGGAAAGGAAAUGGAGUGGACAGGCACCUAUUUGGUCUAUGGUGCAUAGCUUACGAAAACCAAAUUGAUAUACCUGAGUUUUAUGAAGAUCCAUUGUAUAUUCGAAGUGGUGGCGGAGGAAAUUUUAUUCUAUCUACAAGUACGUUGGGUUACUCGACCAAUGUAGGAUUUGUAGCACCAAUGACAUUAGAUGGAUAUGGUGUUUUCUACACUAUAACUUCGGACACUAUUUACAUUCAAAUCACAGCUUUUCGCGGUAGUACAAUUACGUGUGCACAUAAAUUUAAUGAAAUAUUUAAGCAGGAGUUUUCCAAACUCAGAACUAUUUUAGAGGAUACAUAUAAUUCAAAGUUAUAAGAUAGUGUUAUUGGUUUUUGUUAUUUAUUUUGUUAUCACUUAUUUUUCAAGUAUACAUUUUAUUAAAGGCAUCAUACGA